AGGAUCGAAUUUUCUGUGUCCUUCUGCAUUAACGGAGUUUAGAAGAGCUUACUUGCUAAGUCGUCAUCUGUCUCCAAGCAAUUCCUUGAUUCUUUCUUACAACUGCAUUUGAGACCACUAGACGAGGCGGGCUAGAAGAUAAAAAGUAUUAUCUUACGCGUUAGCUGCACCUUCCCUGUGACUCAACGUCCAAACUACAGAUCAAGCAAAACAACAAUGUCGUUUUUAGUAUCCUCUCUUGCGCGUUACGGCAGACGGCCUUUGCAAUCAGUGGUGUCACAGUCGUCCAGUUCGCGGCUGCGAACCUCACCAGCGCUGACAGCAAGAAUACCAAGAGCAAGAUGUUUGGAGGAAAGAAGGUAUAUUGGAUGAAUGAUUUAUUGAUGUUACUUAGGCUUUUUUGGAAAACUAUUGAUCUGUUGAUGGAACAAUUCGAUUUGCCUCUAUAACAAAACACAAAACCAAGAAUGAUCUAUCACUAUAUCAGGAGUUUCUCGAGUGCUGCGGCACAGCAAAUGGCAGCAGCAGGACCAGAAAGUGGCGCAGGAGGAGCAGCAGCGACACCAGGUAUUUUCGAUUCUAAAUUAGCACAACAUCAUUUUAUGGAUUCUUAUCCGGAUGAUUGACGCAGCCAUCUUGUCGUUUUACCAACAAUGUCGUCACACUUAUGAUACUAUUCCAUAUCCAUCAGCUGACGCUAGCGCAAGUGCAGCAGCAGAAGCCAGUGAAGCAGGUGCAUCAAGCGAGGCAAGUCCAGAGGCAACAUUACGGCGGAGUUUGAGUCGAUCUUAAUCUUCUACAUCAGCUUAUCAUUUGCCUGUUCAAAACCUAUGUAUAAUGCCAACAUUGAAGUGCUUAUGUUUUCCCAAGAAAUUCAAAGUCACAAAUUUCGAAAACUCAAAAUAAGCGAGUUACUGACUGAAAUAAGGGAGGUAGCUUAACAUCAAGGCUACUCUUCCUUCUCAUCAGUAUCUCGGUUAUUCUCGUCUGUUACUCGCUUAUUUUAGUAACCAAUUGAUUCAUGCCCCGACAAAGACCCCCUCCCCUUCAUCCCAGAACUACGCCACUCCACUCUAUCCUCUCUAAUCCCAAAAGAGAGCGAGCAACUCGCAGAAUUACUCUCCAAAAACGAAGAGUUAGUGGAAAAAGCGGAAGAAUUGAAGACGAAAUUGAGGUACAACAUGGCCGACGCAGAGAAUGCUAGAAAGCGACACUUAGUGGAAUUGGAGCAGGCGAAGACGUACGCAAUAUCCAAAUUCGCCAAGGACAUGGUGGAAGUUGCCGACAAUUUGCAGCGAGCGUUGGAGAGUGUAUUUGUGUUUGGUUUCGCUUCUAAGACUAGAAGAUCUUGUUCAGUGUUCUUAUUCUUCAUGAAGAUCCUUCUUUUUUGUCCUCGAGGUGUUUUUAUUUGUGGCACUUGAUUCGCAGGCAUAGAAAAAAAAACACAACAGUCGCUUUAUCUCUUUAUCUUCACAAUCACAACACACUAGAAAUAUCAUUAAUGCCUUGCUCAUCUUCUUUAUUUCAGGUACCAGCGGCAGACGCAUCAGUAGACAGGAAUGCGGAGGAAGAUCUGACGAAGCUGUCUGAGGGCGUCAAAUUGACUGACGACAUCCUGUUGAAGACCUUCGCGAAAUACGGGAUCGAGAAGAUACAGCCGAUGGGGGAGAAGUUCAACCCGAACUUUCACGAGGCAAUGUUUCAUUAUGGAUUCAUCUUGAUCAUUUAGAUAUAUCACAAGUAAAAAUGUCUUUUUAUUCUGCUUGUUGUACUUGUACUUGCAUCAGAGACUCACAUCCUCAGGCACUACUUGCAUUAGAGAAGUGAAGUAAGCCUUUUUUCCCCACCUCUAAUGCCUGCUCGACAGCGAGGAACCGAAGGAUACAGUGGUCUCUGUGAUGCAGAAUGGUUGGAAGAUCAAGGAUCGGAUGCUCAGAGCAGCUCGUGUGGGGACGAGUAAGGGAUCGGCACCUCAAUAAAAACAUAGAAUACCCAAACAUUAGCAUUUUUGAUUGCCAUCUCAGAAUGCCGUGUUUCCUAGUUUCUUGUUCUUGCCACUUUCUAUCACGACUAAGUAGAUGAUUUUUUUUGUUGAUAUCUAUGCAUGAAGAUUCAUUUUUUGUCAAUUAUACACAUCUUCUCGAUCUCAAACACGAAACUAUGCAUUGUUAAUACACUUGAAGCACUUGAUAUGAAUUUGCGCAGCGGGGAAAGGAACUUCAUUUUGUGCAAACAUCCUCCUCAUGUUCCUCCCAUAUGAAGAUACCCAACGGGAACCCUGCUCCCACAAUCUGAUCUCCGCGUACCCCGCUUGAGUCCUAAACUCCAUAGGCGAACCCAACCCCCUAUUCUCAACAACUACAACGCAACUAUAUCAAAAUCAAUCAAUGGACACUGUGUCACGCACAUCAUGUACUAAAAAGGCUCGAUAGUUUAUUUUAC